AAAAAUUCCUACAAGGAAACACCAACCAGUCCACCCUUACUCCUACCACCACCACCCAAGACAGCUAUAAACCAUGAGGUAGCACAAUCUUAUGUCGUUCCUCAUCUCCAACAAUUCAUUUUUCAUUUAGGGUUAGGGCUUGGGCUAGGGCUUCCGAUUGCAAUUCAAAAUCCUUCCAUGGAAUCAUCUUCAUCGUCUUCUUCCUUCUCCAGAUUCUUCAAGUACUGCUACUGCUCAUCUUUGAAGUGUCGCUGUUUCUGUUGCUGCUAUUGCUGUCGUCGUUCUUAAUUCUGCUCUUUUCAUUUAUAUAUAUACAUAGAUAUACGCAUUCAUAUAAUCAUCCUUUCUAUAUAUUCUGUUGCGAUUGGUAUUGGGCUCUAGGAUGUUGGUUGUUUCUCCGUGAUUAAUCAUGGACAUGUCGCAUCCUCAAUCUACUCUCUCCCUUGGAUUUUCUUCCCACACUUCUUCGUCUCCGUCGCCACCUCCUCCGCCCAGCCGAACCCAGAUUGCCGACGAUUCAAUUUCUCUCCAGCUUGACUCCAGCCUGCGCGACCCGAUCCACUCGGUCCCGCCAGUUCCGCUGCAGUUGCUGGAGCCGCAGGCACAGGCCGAAAAUAAUGGUAAUUUCGAGAGGGAAAUCGAUGAAGACGAUGAUGAGGAUAGGGAGGUUGAGGUCCGGAUUCUGGGCCACUCCAUGUGCUUGAAACGGAGGAGGGAUAGUGAAUCAUCCUCAUCGACGACCUCGGCUGCCAGUAACUCAAAGCGAGUCUCGUUUGGACCUGAUCUUGAGGCCCGAAGAGGUGCCGUCCGGGCGUGGGGCGACCAACCCCUCCGGAUUGCGGAUCCCGAUGUGUUUGAGAUUAUGGAGAAGGAGAAGAAUAGGCAAUACAAGGGAAUUGAGCUGAUAGCUUCGGAGAAUUUUGUAUGUAAGGCGGUUAUGGAAGCACUAGGAAGCCAUUUGACCAAUAAGUACUCGGAAGGAAUGCCCGGUGCUAGAUAUUAUUGUGGGAAUCAGUACAUUGAUGAGAUUGAAAAUAUUUGUUGUGAUCGGGCAUUGGCUGCGUUCAAUCUUGAUGCUAACAAUUGGGGUGUGAACGUGCAGCCUUACUCCUGUACCUCUGCGAAUUUUGCUGUAUACACGGGGUUGCUGUUACCGGGUGAUCGGAUAAUGGGAUUGGAUACUCCGUCAGGAGGGAACACCAGUCAUGGAUACUAUACUCCAAAUGGGAGGAAAGUUUCUGGGGCAUCAAUUUUCUUUGAGAGUUUGCCUUACAAGGUGAACCCAUUAACUGGUCUUAUUGACUAUGAUAAGCUUGAGGAGAGGGCGCUUGAUUUUCGUCCCAAGAUACUUAUUUGUGGUGGGAGUUCUUAUCCUCGUGAAUGGGACUAUUCGAGGUUUAGACUGAUUGCGGACAAGUGCGGAGCAGUUCUAUUGUGUGAUAUGGCUCAAAUCAGUGGGCUUAUUGCUGCGAAUGCAUGUGAUAAUCCUUUUGAUUACUGUGACAUUGUGACGUCAACUACCCAUAAAAGUCUUCGAGGUCCCAGGGGAGGCAUAAUUUUUUAUAGGAAGGGUACUAAACCAAGAAAGAGAGGGACACUUUUAACUCAGGGAGAUGAAAGUGAUCACUAUGACUUUGAGGAAAAGAUAAAUUUUGCUGUAACCCCAGCUUUGCAAGGUGGACCUCACAAUAACCACAUUGCUGCUCUUGCCAUUGCCCUGAAACAAGUGGCUACUCCUGUGUACAAGGCGUAUAUGCACCAAGUGAAGAAAAAUGCUCAUGCACUGGCUUCUGCAUUAUUGAGAAGAAAAUGCAAGUUGAUAACUGGAGGAACCGACAACCAUUUGAUUCUUUGGGAUUUAAGGCCUUUAGGCUUAACAGGUAAGACCUAUGAAAAGGUCUGCGAAAUGUGUCACAUUACCCUUAAUAAGAUUACGAUUUCUAGUGACAAUGGAACUAUUUCUCCUGGUGGAGUAAGGGUCGGUACCCCUGCUAUGACAUCAAGAGGUUGUCUGGAGUCUGAUUUCGAGACAGUAGCAGAGUUUCUCCUUAAAGCUGCACAUAUAGCUAGUGUGGUGCAGAGAGAGCAUGGAAAAUUUCCAAGAGCUUUCCUGAAAGCUCUGGAGAACAACAAGGACAUUAUGGAGCUUCGGCAUCGUGUUGAAUCUUUUGCAAGUCAGUUUGCAUUGCCAGGAUUUGAUGUUUGACUCGAAAUUGCAAGUGCAAUUCUGUAGGAUGACCGUCUUUUUGCUCCAGAGAGUCUGGUGCACUUGGAUUUCCAAAUAUUGUUCUGUGGCUUUUACCAAAGAUCUUUUUUGGCCUCUCCCUGAUUUUGUUGGGCUAUCAUGCAAAUGCCAACCUCUUACUGAUCACUGUCAUAGUAAUGCAGGGAGGUUGGGUGAUGAAAUCAGGACCAUUUUUUCAUAACCGCUGCGCACUUCAUUACAGAAGUGGAUGCAGGAGUCCAGUGUGGGCUUUGUGGCCGUGGCAGACAAGGUAAUUAGUGUCUAGUGCAAGUACAGUUAGCAAAACCCUUCUUACAAUAUUUGAAUGACGGUUUCUUUCUCAAAUUCGUUACAGUAGAGGCUUUGUUGGGUCAAAUAUCCCUUUUGAACCCAUUACAUUUUUCUAUAUUCUUGCUUAUAAAGGAUAAUUGUUUGUGUACAGCAGGCCGGUCUUGUCUGUCCUGAAAUCUUACAUGAAAUUCAAAAUUGGACUGAAAAUUUAAGCGAUGCAGGUUUGACCUGUACUUUAUUAUAUAUAUUUAUAGGAGAUCUUUGUGGUUCUA